UUUCUCUUUCAUUCCCCACUAUCCUCCGCACACUCCAACGGUCGGAAUCCCUGCUCCCAAUUAAGUAUCGCAAUGGCACAGGACGACCACGAGCAGACGCCGCUGCUCCAGGACCAGGACGAGUACGACCAUAGCACUGAAACCACCACACAAGUGCAAGACCAAGACCAAGACCAAGCUCAAGACCAGGUCCAAGCCCAAAGCGAAGACCUCUCCGACCGCGCUCAAGAUUUCGUAAACAACAUCCGCAACGUCUUUGAGAAUCAGAUUCCGAAUGGCCAUCAACACCCUACGCCACCCUCAUCCCCCAAGAAGAUCUACGCACUACUGCCCAGGCUCUUUGGCCUGAUUAAUGCAUUGGUGGACUCUGUCAAUGUCGACGACGAUAUAGUGACGGAUGAGGUUAUUGAGUUCCUGGCCGGUCUAGGCAAGGAGGUUAUCUAUGGCCUCCUCCGCUGUGUCGAGGGCUUCAUGGAAGAAGGCCAGCGUAACGUGGGCCGCAAGAAACUGAUGGAGCGCCGUUCAGAAAUCGCCCAGCUUGCGGCAGCGGGCGUGACCAAGGUCUUUGUAGAUAAGGACAUGAUGGCGACCUACUGCCACGUCUUGACUCGUCCGUACUAUGCGGCGGGUGAGGAACGUAACACGGCGGAGGGCGCAAUCGAGCUCGCGGUUCGCCUUCACGCGACGGACUUCUUGGCGGAUGUCGAGGUCCAGCGCUGUGUGCAGGCGCUCUGGAACGGAUUGAUCCUUCAGACAGAGGACGAGGAGUGCCGUGUUCGCUUUGUUGAAUACAGCGGCGUGAGACGAUCUCGCCAUCUGCUGUGGGAAUGGAUUGAUGUCGGUCGAUUGAACGUGCCAAAGUACCAGAACAACAUGAAGAUUGCAAUGUUUGUUUUGUUCCUGAUCAUGUACACAAUUGUCGUGAACGAUCGUACGGCUUACCCUACACCUGUCGAAUGGGCCGUUAAUAUUUUUGUCUGUGGGUAUAUCUUUGAGGAGUUUAGACUGAUAUUCGAAGGAGGAACGGCGUUCUUCCUCGGCAGUCUUUGGCAUUGGAUCAAUAUCAUUUCGUAUGGUAUUUUCCUAGUCUCGUUUGCCUUUCGAUUCACGGGCUGCUUCUUGGGUGGUGAUGCGGCCUCGGAUGGAUAUUACAGCAACAUCGCUUACGAUCUCUUGGGAUUGCUCGCCAUCUUUUUCUGGUUCAAACCCCUUUCACUGCUGGAUGGGUUCCAGUACUUUGGAACUAUGGUCAUGGUGUUGCAAAAGAUGCUGAAGGACGGCAUCAUGUUCUUCUGGCUUCUGACCUGGGUCUUCAUCGGGUUCCUUCAAACUUUCUAUGCAUUGCAGAAGGAUGAGGUCAAAAGUUUCCAGAACACGUACAUGCUUCUUAUCCGCGGUUUCCUGCAAGACCCCGACUGGGAACUGGCCCAGAGCCUUGACCGCGAUUAUGGCAGCUGGGUCUUUGCUUUGUAUCUCUUCCUGACCGGAAUUAUUCUGCUCAACUUGUUGAUUGCGCUUUUCAACUCGUCAUACACCAACAUCACCGACUCUGCCGAGAAGGAAUACAUGGCAUUGUUCACGUUCAAAGUGUUCUCGUACCUCAAGUCCCCGGACCAAUUUCCGUUUGCCGCUCCCUUUAACCUGAUUGAGGUUUUCUUCAUCAUUCCCUGGAGUCUAGUCGUGUCCCGAAAGGCCUACGAGUCGCUUAACCGCUGUGUGAUGAGCGUUCUCUUUUGCGUUCCCAUUCUGUUCAUUGCGCGCACGGAGCGCAGACGUUAUCUCAAGCUCAGAAACUCGAACGAAGAGAAUGAGAUUCAGGGAGGCCGACGCACGUACCGCCACUUGACUGAGGAUGAUAACAACGUUGACGACAUGUUCCUGCUGGCAACCCAGCAAUUUGAUCACGACGAAGAAGAGGUGGUCGCCGGUUCUAGCGAGACCGCCGCCGCGAUUUCUCAAGCAGAGGAGGGUGUUAUCAAAGCAGCAGCGAAUGAUGCAUUUGCAUCGUCCUUGUCACCCAUGGAGACAUUUGAGGAGUUCAGGGCGCGUCGCGCGAUGGAGAAGGAGGCCAAGGCCAAGACCACCAUCAAGGCAGCUGACAGCCAUUUGGCAGCUCUGGGCAAGACCACUCGACCUGCAUUCUCGACUCAGGAGACUCAGGAUGAUGGCGAGGAAGGUCGCUCGAGACAGUCAACUUCCAGAACGGCCGUCGGCUCCAACGCUCAGGAGUCUGGCUUGUCCCCAGUCUCAGGACAGUUGUCGGACAUAGUUGUGCAGUCCCUGUUGGCUAGCCUGGCAAGAAUGGAGUCCAGGCAGAAGGAUAUUGAGAAAUUGCUGGAGUCGUAUACUGAGAAGGACAAGGAAAAAAAGGUCCUUACAGCGGCCGUGAGGGCUGCCGCGGAAACCGUAGAGUUACAGGAACCGGAAGAGGAGCAGGAUGAGGAGGACGAGGAGAACGAGGAGGAGCAGUGAGCAUUUUGCCCAGGACUGACGCGUUAAAGAACGCGAGAAGGAGUUUGUUGAUUGUGUCUACUUUUUGUUUGUCUUCUUUGCCACCCUCUCUUUUGUUUUUAUUCAUUCGGAUACCCGAAACAAAUAAACGACGGAUACACACGAAUGUCUGUCUUGACCA